UUUUCUGCAAAAAAUAAUAUUUGAAAAUCAGAAUCUUUGAAACUUGGCGGUGCGAGUGCGGACCCAAGCCCCUUCCACAUAAUGGCCGUUGCAGUGCGACUAGUGGAAGCUCUGACCCUGGUCACCAUACUGGGGCUGAUUAUCUGUCUGAGCCUGACCGUGAUCCUCGCCGAACGUUCUAUUAGUUUGAUCAUGACGUUUCUUGAGCCAGCUGCGAAUAUAGCACAGUUUGGGCUGCAUGUUAUUGAGAAAAUUCUGGUGUAUGGCCUACUCAGCAUAUUGCGUUUUGUCAAUACGGUGGCCAAAACUCUGCGUAUUACGGGUCUGGCCUGAGGAUCGCUUACCGCCUGUCAAAAGUUACCAAUAAAUUUUUUGUUUUAUUU